CCCCUCCGCCUGCGUGAAGGAGAGGGGCGGUGGCGGGCGGCCAUCUUGUCGCCGCCGCUGGGGCCGGGGCCGGGGCCCAGUCCGAUCGCGGCGGGUCCCUUCGGGGCAGGCGGCAGCCAUGAGCGCGGAAGCGGCGGACCGGGAGGCUGCCACCUCCAGCCGGCCUUGCACGCCGCCGCAGACCUCCUGGUUCGAGUUCCUGCUGGAGGAGGCGCUGCUGGAGCAGCACCUGCAGAAGCCGUCUCCCGAUCCACCACCUGUACAGCUGAUUGUCCAGUUUUUGGAACAAGCUUCAAAACCAUCAGUGAAUGAACAGAACCAAGUCCAGCCACCACCUGAUAACAAAAGAAACCGCAUUUUAAAACUUCUUGCUCUUAAAGUUGCUGCUCAUCUGAAGUGGGAUUUGGAUGUAUUGGAGAAAAGCUUGUCUGUUCCUGUAUUGAACAUGCUACUGAAUGAACUUCUGUGUAUCAGCAAAGUUCCCCCAGGAACCAAACAUGUGGAUGUAGAUCUGUCCAGCUUACCCCCAACCACUGCAAUGGCAAUACUACUCUACAACAGAUGGGCCAUAAGGACCAUCGUUCAAAGUAGUUUUCCUGUAAAGCAAGUGAAACCUGGUCCACCUCAGUUAAAUGUGAUGACCCAGAUGCAGCAAGAAAAGGAACUAACUGAAAAUAUUUUGAAAGUGUUGAAAGAGCAGGCUGCUGAUUCCAUCCUGGUCCUAGAAGGAGCACUUAAAUUAAACAAAGAUCUUUAUGUCCACACCAUAAGAACUCUGGAUUUAUUAGCCAUGGAGCCUGGUAUGGUGAAUGGAGAAACAGAGAGUUCCACAGCUGGACUGAAAAUCAGUGCAGAGGAGAUAGAGUGCCAGGUUUGCUAUGAUUUGGGUGCGAUCUAUUUUCAACAAGGAGCUACAAAUGCAGCUGUUCAUGAAAACGCUAAAGAAAAGUUUUUCAGAACAAAGGAGUUGAUUGCAAAGAAUGGUUCAUCAUCACUUCAUUUUACCAUAGAUGAAGAGCGAUUGGCUGGGUACUGUCAAGCCUGUGGAGUUCUUACCUCAUCUUCUGAUGAUGCAUCUCAACAGGCAACUCCUUAUAGUCAAAUCCAUAGCUGUAUGAAAUCUGGCAACUAUCAGGACUUAGUGAAGAUAUUCCUUGAAGAUAAUCUAACCUUCAGUUUACCUGUUCAGUUCAGGCAAUCGGUGCUGAGAGAACUCUUCCAAAAAGCUCAACAAGGGAAUGAUGAUGCUCUGGAUGAAGUUUGUUUCAAAGUCUGUGUGUGCAACACAGUCUGUGAUGUAUUGCAGGGUCAAACAAUUGAUAUUCAGUUUUGUCAACUGUUCCUGAAACCCAGCAAAGAGAAAAUAGACUUUCUUCUUGAGGUUUGUUCAAGAUCAAUAAACUUGGAAAACGCUACUGAAGUGUUGAAGAGAAAAAUGGCAGAAUUUCUGAAAAACUUAUGCUUGGGUUUGGAAGAUCUUCAGCUUGUCUUCAUGAUUUCAUCCCAUGAGCUGUUCAUAAAACUGCUGAAGGAUGAUGAACGAAAGCUGCUCAUUGAUCAAAUGCGGAAGAGAUCUCCUCGAAUCAACCUGUGCACAAAACCUGUGACUUCUUUUUAUGAUAUCCCAGCUUCAGCAAGUGUCAAUAUUGGCCAGCUUGAACAUCAGCUCAUAUUGUCAGUAGAUCCUUGGAGGAUUCGCCAGAUUUUAAUUGAGCUGCAUGGUAUGACUUCAGAACGCCAAUUCUGGACAAUUUCGAAUAAGUGGGAAGUACCAAAUGUUUACGGCAAUGUUAUUUUAGGAAUCAAAGACAAUCUGACUAGGGAUUUGGUCUACAUCCUUAUGGCGAAGGGAUUACACUGCUGUGCAAUUAAGGAUUUUGUCCAUGCAAAACAGCUUUUUGCUGCUUGCUUGGAGCUCGUGACAGAGUUUUCUCCAAAACUCCGUCAAGUCAUGCUGAAUGAAAUGCUGCUUUUGGACAUUUAUACUCAUGAAGCUGGAGCUGGUGUUUCUGGAGAACGUCCUCCUUCUGAUCUAAUAAGCAGAGUCCGAGGAUAUUUGGAGAUGAGAGUACCUGAUAUUCCUCUUCGACAAGUUAUAGCUGAAGAGUGUGUUGCCUUCCUGUUAAACUGGUGUGAGAAUGAGUAUUUGACCAUGCAAGUUCCAUUACCUCUGGUUCAAACUAAUCCUUAUGUGAAGCUAGGACAGUUGCUGGCUGCUACAUGCAAAGAACUUCCGGGUCCCAAAGAAAGUAGACGGACAGCUAAAGACCUUUGGGAAGUCGUUGUACAAAUCUGCAGUGUAUCCAACCAGCACAAACGGGGAAAUGAUGGCAGAGUGAGUUUGAUAAAACACAGGGAGUCUACACUGGGCAUUAUGUACAGGAGUGAAUUGCUGUCCUUCAUCAAAAAGCUUCGGGAACCAUUGGUUUUAACAACAAUAUUGUCCCUGUUUGUCAAGCUUCAUAACGUUCGGGAAGAUAUUGUGAAUGAUAUUGCAGCAGAGCACAUUUCCAUCUGGCCCUCAUCCAUCCCCAAUCUUCAAUCAGUGGACUUUGAAGCUGUGGCUGUUACAGUAAAAGAGCUAGUCAGCUAUGCAUUGACUAUCAACGCAAACAACCACUUCUGGUUAAUUAUUCAGGCAGAUAUUUAUUUUGAUGGGAGAGUGAUUCAAGGUUAUAAACUGGCGGUGUAUUUACUGCUCGUACGAAGUGGAGCAGCAUCCCAGGAGGAGGACGUUUAUGUAGGGAGCCUCAGAAGCUGGUACCUGAAAGAGCGAUGCUCGGAGCACUCCUGGCUUGUGUCGGGUGUGUAUUUCAGAAGCGGUGUGGGCAAGCAGGCUGCUCUGGCCACAGAGCCCCCGAAGGCUGCCUUCAGGUCGGUUCAGUUAGAACUCACUGGGAGUAGGUCUGGUGCUGAGCCAGGAGACGUGCGUGGUGGCGUCCGCUGGACCCCCCUAACACACACCACCUUGAACUCCUUCACUACCACCUACCUGCUGAAUUAAGUGAAGGCAAACUUCUUGUCCACUUUAAGGUUGAUGGUUUUAAGAUCAAAUACCUGAAAAGUGAGAAGUAAUUCUCAAAAGGCAGAACUUUGCCUGUGCUGCUAGUCUUUCUGAUAGUGCAGUUUUCUGUCUACCACUGUUUAAAAAUCACAGACGCACAGGAGGUGGUAAAACAAAGAUACGCAAGUCACUUAGCAGAUAGAAUUCAGCUAUGUAUCUGAAUAAUUCUGUAAACAAUGGAGAUGAGUCUUAAAAAUAACUGCUGU